GUCGUCGGCGUUGGCAGUACCGAUCCUGUGCGGACGAGGCGACAAGAGGACGAAGAAAGGGAAGAGAUUCAAAGGAUCGUAUGGCAACUCGAGGCCGAAGAAGGAGAAGAAGAUCGAGCGCAUCAAGGACAAGGUCGAGGUCCCCAGGUCCACCCCUUGGCCUCUCCCUUUCAAACUCAUUUGAAUUCUAUUAUAUUUUUUUUGAAUACUAGUUCUGUAAACCCUAGAAUUCCUAUUUAUGGUUGAUGAUCAGAACAAGUACAUUUCUAUGAAUCUUUAUUGAACACUCUGUUUCUACUUCAAAAUUUUUACUUGAUUUUA